AUGAAGCAGCAAACCUUGGGGAGUUCCCCAAGUGGUGAUGCUGAGGUGCGUAACCGGGCGGGCUCCGGCACGCGCGACGAGCCACCCGCGCUGUUUCUGCCCGAACCCCCAGGCACCAAGGCUCGGGACCCUGGUGCCCAAGGCCCCCCAACCUUCCAAGGGACCGACGUCACACCCCCGUGGGCCGUGGCACCGCGCGUCACGUUGCUGGACGCAGCCCCCCCUUUUGGACCCAACUUGGCCUGGCCUGGCGGAGGGACCAGCUGCUUCCCCAAGAACCACCCUGGACCUUCACAGCGGCUACGCAAUUGA